AUGUCUGGAAGAGUCAUGGCUAAAGCAAUUAUUGCCCGGGAGCCUGUGGAACCCUUGGCGAUCAACCUGUCGUUGGAGGAUGUAGCCGUCCAUCCACCAGGGGACGACGAGAUUCUUGUGGAUAUGCGCGCCUCUGGGAUAUGUCACACCGACCUUGUGCUUUGCUCAGUGCCCAGGGGAAGUAUUGGAAUCAAUUACCCCAAAGUGCCGGGUCACGAAGGCUCCGGGAUUGUACGCGCAAUUGGCAAAAGUGUGAAGUCCGUUGAGGUGGGAGACCCCGUACUACUCUCCUUCCAUUCCUGCUCCUCGUGCUUUCAAUGUCAGGACUCGCAUCCAGCCUACUGCGAGACAUUUGCACAGCAAAACUACCUCGGCUGCCAGGGGUCAAUGACGGUGCAAAAGACAGGGGAGGUAGUCUGGUCCCGGUUUUUUGGCCAGUCCAGCUUUGCACAGGUCAGUGUCGUGAGCGAAGCAAGUGUUGUGAAUGCCAGGGAAUUAUUGCAUCAGGCUCAUGAGCUCGACCUUUUCGCUCCACUAGGUUGUGGAUUUCAGACAGGAAUGGGUGCCGUCCAGAAUAUUGCCUGUGCAGGGCCGAACGACGUAGUGAUGAUCCUGGGUUUGGGCGCCGUUGGACUCGGAGCUCUCAUGACGGCAAAGAUCCGCGGCUGCAAAGCGAUUAUCGCCGUCGACAGGGUCAAAGCCCGAAUAGAACUCGCAAAGUCGCUGGGAGCCACACAUACCUUGGAUACAAGCAGUGCCGAUUUCACCUCGCUAGACGAGGCCAUCAAGCUCAUCAUUCCCGCCGGCGUCUCCGUUGUAAUUGAAACCACAGGCCAUCCUGCUAUCUUUGAGCGGGGCCUUCGAUGCACACAUGCCAGAGGCAAGGUCGUAUUUAUCGGUAUUCCCCCACUGGGUUACCAAUUCAGCUUCGAUCUGUCGGAACACAUCAACCACGGUCGGUCGAUAUUAGGAUGUAUCGAAGGCGAUUGUAUACCUCAGAAGGCCAUACCGCAGAUGAUCCAGUGGUACCGAGAAGGUCGCUUUCCUAUUGAUCGGAUCGUACAUUACUUCAAGAGCAUCUGGGGACUACGCAAGAUUGUGCGUGUCGACAGGCAAAUCCUUCUUAUACAUUCUUCUGGCUCUGAAUACUUGCAUUACCUAGAGUUGAACUGGUGCCGCCUACCGUAUUCAAAAAGCUAG